CUCGGCAGAGUCGCGUUUGGUUGGACGGGCUUGUUGCGGGGAGGGAGGGGGGAGAUUGUUUGCGGUGGAGGAGCUCAGUGUACGGGAGGGUAAACUGAGCUCCCCGGAGACUGUCGCCCCGCAGCCUCGGUUCGGGCCCAGCCGUCCUCUCCAGCUGCCACCACAGCCUGGAGGCGCCUGCCUCCGCCCUCCCGAAUGGUGCUACUCCUCGCAGGCCUCGGCCCGGGAUCCCAGCCCCCUUUGCCCCCCGCCUCGGAGCGCUUGCUCCGGGUCGCCCCUGGUGGACUCCCCGUGACGGGCAGGGAAGGACUUCUCCACAGACGAGGCUGUAGCUCCAGGAGCCCCGCCGACGACUUGAAUCUUGGCCUCUAAUCCAGUGUGAGGUUAUUCCUCUGCCCCUUUCCACCCGCCGAGAAGAGAAACCCUUCUUCCUGCUCCCAGAGCCCGGGAAGCCCCAAGCUGGGGCCCUGGUCCCAGCAUGUCAGUCCUCUCUUGUGCAUAGGGCUGUGCCCUCUCCCCGUUGGCAUGGCUGAGUUCAGGCCGGUUCCGGGGGCGCGGGAGACCCCGCAGGGGGAGCUGCGCUCUGCGGUGGUGGAGGAUGAAGUCCCUCGGAGCCCAGUCGCAGAGGAGCCCGGAGGAGGCGGGAGCAACAGCAGUGAGGCCAAAUUGUCUCCGAGAGAAGAGGAGGAACUGGAUCCUCGGAUACAGGAAGAGCUAGAGCACCUGAACCAGGCCAGCGAGGAGAUCAACCAGGUGGAGCUGCAGCUGGAUGAGGCCAGGACCACCUAUCGGAGGAUCCUGCAGGAGUCAGCAAGGAAGCUCAACACGCAGGGUUCCCACUUGGGGAGCUGCAUCGAGAAGGCCCGGCCUUACUAUGAGGCUCGACGUCUUGCUAAGGAGGCCCAGCAGGAGACCCAGAAGGCAGCGCUGCGGUACGAGCGGGCGGUGAGCAUGCACAACGCCGCCCGGGAGAUGGUGUUUGUGGCUGAGCAGGGAGUCAUGGCCGACAAGAACCGGCUGGACCCCACGUGGCAAGAGAUGCUCAACCACGCCACCUGCAAGGUGAACGAAGCGGAGGAGGAGCGGCUUCGUGGUGAGCGGGAGCAUCAGCGGGUGACUCGGCUGUGCCAGCAGGCUGAAGCUCGGGUCCAAGCCCUGCAGAAGACGCUCCGGCGGGCCAUUGGAAAGAGCCGCCCCUACUUUGAGCUCAAGGCCCAGUUCAGCCAGAUUCUGGAGGAGCACAAGGCCAAGGUGACAGAGCUGGAGCAGCAGGUGGCCCAGGCCAAGACCCGCUAUUCAGUUGCCCUGCGCAACCUGGAGCAGAUCAGCGAGCAGAUUCAUGCCCGGCGCCGGGGCCAGCCCCCUCAUGGCCCAGGCCAGCGGCGCUCCUCCCCCGUGGGGGCAGAGGCUGGGCCUGAUGGUGGGGAGGACGGGGACAGUGGGAUCAUUGAGGGGGCUGAAGGCGGGGGCCUGGAGGAGGGCAGUAGCCUGGGGCCUGGGCCUGCCCCGGACACAGACACACUUAGCCUGCUGAGCCUGCGCACGGUGGCCUCGGACCUGCAGAAGUGUGACUCGGUGGAGCACCUGCGGGGCCUCUCAGACCACACCAGUCUGGACGGCCAGGAGCUGGGCUCCCGGGGCGGGGGCCGGGGGGGCCGCCACCAGCGAAGCAUCAGCCUGUAGUCCACGCUCAGGGUGGCUCGUUCUCUUCAGCACCACUGGCCCGUGUAGGGCCAGACAGGCUCCAAGCUACCUCUCCUCAGGUCCUCGCUUCCCUUGGAGAGGUCAGGUUGGCCCUUGUCUCUGGUGGAUUUCUCCCUGUCCCUGCCCUCCCAGUUCCCUCCUUGCAGGUGGCAGCUCUCUUUGCCUUACCCCUUCAGAAGGCUUCUCUCUGGCUCUCACGUUUGCCCUCUCCCUGCUAGCUCCUCAUGGCCUGAUGCCGUUUGCUGCCCCCUUUCUGCUUUCCUUCCAUCUGUCUGGCUUUCCCCUCAGGGAACUUGGUCUAGAAGGCACAGGGAAGCCCGUCAGAGAUGCUGGGUCCUGGCCUCUUGGCCCCCUAGCUCGAGGAAAUAGGUGUCCCUUCCACCUCCCCAUGUCCCGAGGGGGUCUAGGGAUGCUACAGAGCUCUUCUGGCAGCCCUGUGCCCUAGGCCUCUGUCCCAGCCUGCCCAUCUGGAACCUGUAAAAUGCACUGUAGGACUGUGUGCCUCUGGAAAACACUACUGAUCCCUACAGUGCUCCCUCCUCAUGAUCGAAGCCACUUUGCUGUGUCCCGCAAAGCAGGACUGGAAGGGUACCAGUGUCAGAGAAGGUGAAACGCAACCGCACUGUCAGCAAAGAGGACCCCACGCAUUCCAAAUAGGCUCCCAUGUGCAUGGUGUUUCCCCCAGCCGGGCUGGGCCGUUAACAUUGCUAAGGUGCUCGUGGGUCUCUAACAGGGUCCAUGUUGGGAGUUGGACAUGUAAUGAGGUCCUGAUGGUUGAGGCCCUCGCCAUUCCUGCUGCAGAGUUGGGUUUACUUUUUCUGGGUAGAGGAUGUUGAGCUGAAUCUCAGCACCCUCCUGCAGGGUGGAGUUAGGGAAUUUGGUGCUCAGUUGCUCUCCCUCUCUCUUUCCCAAACCAAACGAUACCUACUCCAGGAUCCCUAGGGGGAAGUGCUCAAGUUUGGCUGCAGAGCCUUCUCUGAUGCAGGGAGGGGUUGCCCUGGGUGAGGGGACCCACCCUCCAUGGGGAGCAGCUCUGGGGGUUUGGUGGUGCUCUGGGCUAUUUGGGGGGAAGGGUGGGGAAGCCACGCCAGAUCUGGGUGCCUUGGGAGAACUGGUCCUUCCUGCCUUCCCACCCUGAGAGGCCUGAGAGCUGGACUCCGGGCAGGAUUGCUUGUGCCUAGGGCACUGUGCUGCUCUGGUCAACUGGGAGGAGUGGGCUUCCACGUGGAGGGUGUCUCCCUCUGCCAAGGUGGUCACUAUGAGAACCACUGGGUUUGAGGUGGCCAUGGUGGAGGGAAGAAAGGGAGGGAGGACGUGGGCCUGUGUGUGUGCGUGUGCUGGGGGAGUGCGUGUGUGAGUGUGAGUGUGCGAGAGAGAGAAGGGUAUGCCCCUGAUUUUAUUUAAAUAAAAUAGUUUAUGUAACAGUAAUGUUUGCUGUGCCUGUCGGGAGGGAGGAAGAGAAGGGCAGAGUGUGUGUGGGGGGCUCUUUUGCUGGGGGAGUCAGGGCAGGGGAGAUGUCCCCUCCUCCCACCUGCCAGGCAAGGAGGGGUCUGCAGGGUGGGGAGGACAUUGUCAGCCACUGGUGGUCUAGGAAAGAUGGGGGUGCCAAUCCUGGGUGUGUCGACGUAGGCGUGAAGGAAGGGGAGGGACGAGAGUAGGGUUGUAAGAGACUUAAACUUCAGGUAGAAUUUUUGCCUCCUGCAAUGUUGGGACGUACUUAUACUAAGUUUUUUUUUGUUGUCUAUCUAAAAUUUAAUAUAGAUGAAAGGUGACACUCAAAUCACGACUUAACCUGUUGUGGGGUGCAAAGGAUUUGAGUGUGUUUGGACCCACAGCCUGUGAAAUAUCUAGUGGAAUCAGGUCGGGGAGGGAUGAGAACUUCAGGAGCCGUGGACGUGUAGAGUGAAAGCUUUGGAUUGAGCACCGUCAGCCUCAGCCCCAGAGGUGCGCCUACAUUUCGAGCCAGGUGAGGAGGGGGUCAGCCAAGGGUUGGAGAAGGCACUGCAGGGAGGAGGGCAGGAGACCCACCGGAAACUUGAUGGGGAAUGGGUGUCCUGAAGGCCCUUGGGCAGAGCGGAGGCCAGAAGUUGGGAUGGAAGGGCAGAGCAGUGACCCCGGUGAUCUCAGAUGGCAGAUGGGCCAUCGGGAGCCGCUGUGUCCUGAACAUGCACUGCAGGUACGGUCCAGGUGUGACACUGCCUUUCCCAGCCUGGCCUUUUUUUUUUAACCAAUUUAUUUUUCUCACACUUCCAGAGGAUAAGUCCAAGGUCAAGCUGUCAGUAGGACUCGUGCCUUCUGAGGGUUGUAAGGGAAGGAUCGGUUCCAGGUCUCUCUCCUUGCAGAUGUGUCUUCUCCCAGUGCCUUCAUCUGUAUCUUCCCUGUAUUUUUAUUUGUCAGAAAGAAAGCGAGAGAACAGAAGCAGGGGGAGUGGCAGGCAGCGGGAGAAGCAGGCCCUGCUGAACAAGGAGCCUGAUGCAGGACUCGAUCCCAGGACCCUGGGAUCAUGACCUGAGCUGAAAGCAGACACUUAACUGACUGAACCACCUAGGUGUCCCAAGUUUCAGGUGUACAACAUAGUGAUUCAACAAUUCUAUGCAUUACUCAAUGCUCAUCAGGGUAAGUGUACUCUUUAAUCCCUAUCACCUAUUUAACCUAUCUACCCACCUACCUCCCCUGUGGUAACCAUCAGUUUGUUCUCUAUAAUUAAGUCUGUUUCUUGGUUUCUCUCUCUUUUCUUUGCAGGUUCUUUGUUUUGUUUCUUAAACUCCACAUAUGAGUGAAAUCAUAUGGUAUUUGUCUUUCUCUGACUGACUUUUUUCACUCAGCAUUAUACCCUCUAGAUCCAUUCAUGUUGUUGCAAAUGGCAAGAUUUCAUUCUUUUUUAUGGAUAAAUUAUAUUUACAUAUCUAUCUAUAUCUUUAUAUAUUUCACUUCUUCAUCCAUUCAUCUAUCAAUGGACACUUGGACUGUUUCCAUAGUUUGGCUUUUAUAAAUAAUGCUGCAAUAAACAGGGGUGCAUGUAUCUCCUUGAAUUAGUGUUUUUUUGUAUUUUGGGGGUAAAUACCCAGUAGUGUAAUUACUGGGUCAUAGGGUAGUUUUACUUUAACUUUUGAGUUAAAAGUAGAAAACACUGUCUGCACCAGUUGGUACUGCCACCAACAGUGCACAGAGUUCCUAUUUCUCCACAUGCUUGCCAACAUUUAUUGUUUCUUAUGUUGUUGAUUUUAGUCAUUCUGACUGUUGCAAGGUAGUAUUUCAUUGUAGUUUUGAUUUGUAUUUCCCUGAUGAUGAGUGAUGUUGAACAUCUUUUCAUGUGUCUGUUGUCUAUCCAGAUGCCUUCUUUGGAGAAAUGUCUAUUCAUGUCUUCUGCCCAUUUUUAACUGGAUUAUUUAUUUUUUGGGGUGUUGAGUUGUGUAAGUUCUUUAUACAUUUUGGAUACUAACGCUUUUUUUUUAAAUUUUAUUUUAUUAUGUUAUGUUAGUCACCAUAUAAUACAUCAUUAGUUUUUGAUGUGGUGAUCCAUGAUUCAUUGUUUUCGUAUAACACCCAGUGCUCCAUGUAGUACCUGCCCUCCUUAAUACCCGUCAUUGGGCUAACCCAUCCCCCUACCCCUCUCCCCUCUAAAACCCUCAGUUUGUUUCUCAGAGUCCACAGUCUCUCAUGGUUCAUCUCUCCUUCCGAUUUCCCCCCCUUCAUUUUUCCCUUCCUUCUCCUAAUGUCCUUAUGUUCCACAAAUAAGUGAAGUCAUAUGAUAAUUGACUUUCUCUGCUUGACUUCUUUCACUUAGCAUAAUCUCCUCCAGUCCUAUCCAUGUUGAUGUAAAAGUUGGGUAUUCAUCCUUUCUGAUGGCUGAGUAAUAGUCCAUUGUAUGUAUGGACGACAUCUUCUUUAUCCAUUCAUCUCUUGAAGGGCAUCUCAGCUCUUUCCGCAGUUUGGCUAUUGCGGACAUUGCUGCUAUGAACAUUGGGGUGCAUAUGGCCCUUCUUUUCACUACAUCUGUGUCUUUGGGGUAAAUACCCAGGAGUGCAAUGGCUGGGUCAUAGGGUAGCUCUAUUUUUAAUUUUUUGAGGCACCUCCACACUGUUUUCCAAAGUGGCUGUCCCAACUUGCAUUCCCACCAACAGUGUAAGAGAGUUCCCCUUUCUCCACAACCUCUCCAACAUUUGUUUUUUGUGCUGUCCAUUUUUGCCAUUCUAACUGGUGUAAGGUGGUAUCUCAAUGUGGUUUUGAUUUGAAUUUCCCUGAUGGCUAAUGAUGAUGAACAUUUUUUCAUGUGUCUGUUAGCCAUUUGUAUGUCAUCUUCAGAGAAGUGUCUGUUCAUGUCUUCUGCCCAUUUUUUGAAUUGCUUAUUCAUUUUUGGGUAUUGAGUUUGAGAAGUUCUUUAUAGAUCUUGGAGUCAUUUGCAAAUAUCCUCUUCCAUUCUGUGGGUUGCCUCCUUGUUUUGUUGACUGUUUCCUUUGCUGUGCAGAAGCCUUUUAUCUUGAUGAAGUCCCAAAAGUUCAUUUUUGCUUUUGUUUCACUAGCUUUUGGAGAUGUAUCUUGAAAGAAGUUGCUGUGGCCUAUGUCAGAGGUUAUUGCCUAUGUUCUCCUCUAGGAUUUUGAUGGAUUCCUGUCUCACGUUGAGGUCUUUCAUCCAUUUUGAGUUUACCUUUGUGUGUGGUAUUAGAGAAUGGUCGAGUUUCAUUCUUCUGCAUGUGGCUGUCCAAUUUUCCCAGCACCAUUUAUUGAAGAGAUGGUCUUUUUUCCAUUGCAUGUUUUUUACUGCUUUGUCAAGAUUAUUUGACCAUAGAGUUGGGCUCUCUAUUCUGUUCCAUUGGUCUGUAUGUCUGUUUUUGUGCCAGUACCAUGCUGUCUUGGUGAUCACUACUUUGUAAUAUAGCUUGAGAUCAGGCAAUGUGAUGCCCCCAGCUUUAUUUUUCUUUUUCAACAUUUCCUUGGUGAUUCAGGGUCUUUUCUGAUUCCAUACAAUUUUAGGACUGUUUGUU